UUCACUGGCUCGUCAGGCGACAGGUCUAAAAAUACUCCACAAAGCCCGGCCAGGUUCCAUAUCGAGUUCCGGCCGAACAAAAACGCUGCGCAGCUGCAGCAGUGCUGGGGUUUGGGACGGGACCGACCGGGCCGGGACACGCUCAGAACCCCGCGGUGUGGAGGGAUGGGGGAACCAAAGGCUGAGGUGAAGGUAGCAGCGGCGGCGGUGGUGAAUGAAGAAGCAGAGACUAAGGUUCCGGCCAAUAAGAAUGGGAAGAAGGCUGAUGGAGGCGGAGCCUCCUUCUUCACCUGGUUCAUGGUUCUGGCUCUGCUGGGAGUUUGGACCUCCGUAGCCGUGGUCUACUUUGACCUGGUGGACUAUCAGGGAGUCAUUGCCAAGGCUAAGGACUUUCGUUAUAAUCUUUCAGAGGUAUUACAAGGAAAACUGGUCUCCUACGACACUGACGGUGAUGGCGACUUCGACGUGGAGGAUGCUAAAGUACUGCUAGGACUGAAAGAAAAGCCUGUCCCUGUGACUUCACCUGCUGGAGAAGAGCACCCUGCAGCUCCUGCUGAAGAAGCACCAUCAGACCCCGAACCUGUUGUAGAGGAGGACAUUCAAGCUGCUGAAGUUAAGGAAACAGCCCAGUCUCCACCAGAACCUGAGGCUGUGGAGGAGGAGCCAGAGGCUGUAGAGGAGGAGCCUGAGCCUGAGGCUGUGGAGGAAGAGCCUGAGGCUGUAGAGGAAGAGCCUGAGGCUGUAGAGGAAGAGCCUGAGGCUGUGGAGGAAGAGCCUGAGGCUGUGGAGGAAGAGCCUGAGGCUGUGGAGGAAGAGCCUCAAGCAGUGGAGGAGGAGCCUGAAACAGUGGAGGAGGAAGUCGCUGAAACAGAACCAGAGGUGGAAGAAGUUCCUGAGGAAGAACCUGAAGUUGUAGAGGAAGAAUCAGAAGUGGAGGAAGCUGCUCCAGUGGAAGAGGCAGUUGAGGAAACGGCUCCAGUGGAAGAGGCUGUUGAGGAGGCUGCUCCAGUGGAAGAGGCAGUUGAGGAGGCUGCUCCAGUGGAAGAAGCAGUUGAGGAGGCUGCUCCAGUGGAAGAAGCAGUUGAGGAGGCUGCUCCAGUGGAAGAGGCAGUUGAGGAGGCUGCUCCAGUGGAAGAGCCAGUGGAAGAAGAAGUUGAGGAGGCAGCUCCAGUGGAAGAGGCAGUUGAGGAGGCUGAUCCAGUGGAAGAGCCAGUGGAAGAAGCAGCUCCAGUUGAGGAGGCAGCUCCAGUGGAAGAGGCUGCUCCAGUGGAAGAGGCAGUUGAAGAGGCUGCUCCAGUGGAAGAGGCAGUUGAAGAGGCUGCUCCAGUGGAAGAGGCAGUUGAAGAGGCUGCUCCAGUGGAAGAGGCAGUUGAGGAGUCUGCUCCAGUAGAAGAACCUGUUGAAGAGCCUGUCCAGGUGGAGGAGCCAGUUGAAGAGCCUGUCCAGGUGGAGGAGCCAGUUGAAGAGCCUGUCCAGGUGGAGGAGCCAGUUGAAGAGCCUGUCCAGGUGGAGGAGCCAGUUGAAGAAGUGGUUGACGAGGCUGCUCCUGUUGAAGAAGUAAUUGAGGAGGAUGUCCCUGUAGAGGAAGAGGUCGAAGAGGCAGCCCCUGUUGAAGAGGCAGUAGAAGUGGAGGCAGCUCCUGAAGAACCCGUAGAGGAGGCUGAAACAGAACAGGAUGAAGCCUUUCACGAAGAACAGGCAGAGGAAGAGCCAGAAUCAGACAUAGCAGAAGAAAAUGAAGAAACACAGGAAACAGAGGUCACAGAUUCAGAAACGACAGAAGAAACAGAUGUAGACACAGAAUCACCCAGUCAGUAUGAAGAUGAGGUAGCUGCUGAGGAGGAACUCCCAGAAGAGGAAGUCACAGAAACGUAAAGGAUUGCGAGGCUGCGAGUCAGAGGCAGAGAGAAGCAGCCGCACGGCAUUCUACUACGAGUGAGCAGCUCGGUGUUUCCACGUGGAGUAAAAAAAAAAAAGGAUAAAACUAGCAUUUUUUUUAUUUUUGUUUUGAGGGUUUUUCUGUUUUUGUUUGUUCCAUUUAGACACUCGGAUAUUUUGAAUGACAUCAUGUGGUGUGUUGUGUAUAUGCAAAGUACACAUUUUUAAAACGGUUUUAAUUGUUCUCGUCUUUAUUAUUUUGGAUUUUGCUCAUUCUUCUUCCCUUCUGAUCAUCUUCACUGUAAUUCCCAGUCCAAUGUCUUUCUUUCUUCCUUUUAUUGAGUAGAUGUGAAGGUAGCAGUUUUUCGCCGAGAGGAGUGGUAGAUUAAUUUCCUGUGUAUUCCAGCAGAGGUACAUGUUGCUUUUUCAGUUUUUAUUAUCUUCACUUUGUGUUGUAUCUGAUUUGUGAAUUCAUCGCUGUCUCUCUCUGUUGAGUUGUCUGUUAGAGUAGAAAACACUCGUUUUUGUUUUAAUGUGAAGGUACUAUGCAAAGCUGCACUGAUCUUUGACAGUGAUUUCACUAAGUGUAGUAUUACCGUUAUGUAUUGAAAGGACUCUCCUAAUGUUGCAUAUCAGAGGCAAAUUUAUGCUGGCAGGAUAGGUAAAGCCCUAUUUGGACGGGAAUAGUUUUACUUGAGGAGCGGUGCCAGAUCACCUUUGGUCUUCAUUACAGGUAACCCAACAUUUACGUUAACAAGUUCAUGCAGUCAGUGGCCAGAACUUUUCUGAACGCACACUCUGGUGCACUAUUCCAACAGGACAAUGCUCGUCCACAUACAGCUGCAAUCUCAAGAGCUCGCCUUGAGACACGUGGUCAUUGAUUGAAAAUGUGUGGGAUGCUAUUGAACUUGUUUUCAACAGAAUCUGCAGAAAUUGCAUGAAAAUAUUGGAACUCUAUAGGAUGGAUUAUCACAGGACUUCAUUAGGAACCUCUACAACUCCAUGCUGAGAAGUCUGGCAUGUUGCAGCGUUGCGCAUGCAUUACACACUACUUCUGUAUGUGUAGCUCAACAAAUGUUGCCAAAUUAAUCUAAAAGUUUAAUCAAUUAUUGUUCUGGUAAACUUAAUCAUAGGAUGAGGAUACCUGGUAAUAAUUACUUUACAACACUUCCCCGUGUAAAACUAAUCCUAUCCAAAUAGAGCUUAAGACAAUUACCAGGCUGUGUAUGAGUGUGUUUUUGUGUGUGUGAUGUCAGAGUGCAAUUGUAUAAAAGUAUAAUUGCAGAACAAUCCUUUGAGCCAUGUUUCUCAGAAUCUCUCCGCGACACUUCAUUUUCACAUUUUAUUUUUUAUUUUAUUUUUUAUUUUUCCUUUAAUCAAAAUCAUCCCAAUACUGCAGGUUUGCACAGAGCUCGAGCAGAAAAAGGCAUGUUACAUUUCAUAUUUCAUAGCAUGAAUUUCUCCAGCAUGUUUCCAGCCAGCACUAUGUCGUUAAAAUGAUGGUAAAAAAAACAACAGUUCUGUUUCUUAAAGUAAUGUUUAAAUUAAGGAUGCACAAUUAUCUUGUAAUUAUAUCGGUAUCGGUUAAUAUUUCAAAUUGAUACUUGCUGAAAUAUUUAUUUUAUGCCAGAAAAGAACCAAGUGAGGCUGGCUGCACUACUACAAUUUGUUCAACAAUAACAACUCGGCUUAAAUCUAUGAAUUUGAUAUAUUUCUGAAGUUAUACAGGGUGUGUGUAGUCUUUCUCUAAUAGUUAUAAAUGUUUAUAUUAGCAUCGGCCGAUAUCUAGUAGUUCACCUCAAAAAAUUGAAUAUCAAUGAAAAGUUACUUUAUUUCAGUAAUUCAGUUCAAAAUGUGAAACUCAUAUAUUAUAUAGAUGUAUUACACACAGAGUGAUCUAUUUUAAGCGUUUAUUUAUUUUAUUGUUGAUGAUUAUGGUUUACAGCCAAUGAAAACGCAAAAAUCUGUGUCUCAGAAAAUUAGAAUAUUAUAUAAGUCCAAUUGUUACUUUUAGCAGUGUGGGCAGUGUGCCAAGUCCUGCUGGAAAAUGAAAUCUUCAUCUUCAUAAAAGUAGUCAGCAGAGGGAAGCAUGAAGUGCUGUAAGAUUUCCACACAAACACUGCACUGACUGCACUACACUGGGUUUUCAUUGGCUGUAAGCCAUAAUAAUAAACAAUAAAAAAAAUAAACACUUAAAAUAGAUCACUCUGUGUGUAAUUCAUCUAUAUGAUACAUGAGUUUUACAUUUUAAAAUAAAUUACUGAAAUAAAGUAACUUUUCAAUGAUAUUCAAAUUUUUUGAGUACUUGUGUAAUAUCAGAUAUCUGCAUAGAAUUCCCACAACUGUGCAUCCUUAUUGUAGAUUUGGUUGAAAGUGAAAGUUGAAUAGAUGUUUUUUUGAAAAGGCGUUUAUGUGAGGAUUUGUAGACGUUUUUCUACUGCAUGAGAAAGAAGUCUCAUAACUUCAUCCAAAACUAUACAUAGGAAAUAAUUCAUCAUAUAGACGAAUUUGUAACCUCUUCAAAAAUGAGUUUCAGCAUACAGCAAUGACGUUUUUUGCAACAUAGUGCUGGGUGGGUUUUUUCUUGCCUUCUGAUUGAACUGAGAUUAGAAUGAAGAAGUGUUAAUGGUGGAUUGAUGUAUAAAUGCAGUAGGUAUGGAGGCUGAGUGCAUGUUGAGAACCUCAGUCUUUUCAUGUUGAAGCUUUACUGGUAAUCUGACUAAGCGUUAGUAAGCUAAGCUUUACUGUUACUCACAGAAUCUCCAGCUGCUGUUUGAUUAUGAGGGUCUGUGGACAGUAAGCCCAAACAAGAGUCUUCCCAAACAAAACCGUUCAGUGGGAAAACUGCAAGUCCUGUAAACUUGGCAAGUGAAAUAAUCUUAAAUGUAGUUUAAGUGUCAUUUCUAUGAGUCUUUGAGUCUUUUUAAUUCUGCUUCUGCAUCAGCAGCCGGAGUCCGAGAGGGAGCCAAAUAGGCCAUGCUUUCUCUGGGUGGCUAGGAGGCACUCUCAAACCUUAUCACUCCCAUUGUGAUGCUGGCCAGCACAGGCUUCUGUUAGCUGAUGUAUCAGUGCUGGAGAGCCGGCGCUUUCCUCAGAGAGCGCUGACUACCUAGUGAAGAUGCGACAUGCGCUAUUAACAACCAUUAAAAUUGCGAAAUAUGAAAGUCAUAUUGAUGUUCAUACCUGAAGAGAUUAUAAAUGAGCCUAUACAUACUUUAACCUGUGUAACAUGACUAAUACACACAUUAUACAGGAUGAAGGUGUUAAAUAAAUGUUGUAAAUAUGGACUUUAGGUAUACAGCAGCUUUUCCCCCCAAGAAAUUAAGCUUGAAACAAGUGAAUUUAAAGUGCCUACCAAUGGAUUAAGCCAUUUUCACCUAGUGAAAUGUCUUAAAUCUAAUCAGAAAUGGUCAAAAAUGUGAUUUAAAAAAAGAGGCUGUUGUAACUACAUGUAAGAUUAAUUCGCUUGCCAGGUUUCAGAUGCCAAGAAAGCUCAGAAAGCCAUAAGAGAAUAAGUGGCUUGGUGUAUUUAGCCACUCUAAAAUCUUAAUCAGGCCUCAGUGGGCUUAGUUUAUUUUUUGUAAUAAUGUUGUAGGUGUGAUUUAUGGUCAUAAUAUAAUAAAUACACCAAAAAUAAUGUAGCUCUAAAACUAGGAGAGAGAGACUACUGUCCGUUUCAAUUUUAGCUCCUUAUGCCGGGUUCACACUGCACGUCUUUUGGGUAGAGGCUCAAAAAAUGUCUAGAAUUUUUGGCUGUAAUAGAUUUUUGUUUUUAUGAUCAGAUAUUGAUUCAUUUAAAGCAACAAAAGACUCGGAUCAAAGCCAAUCGGCAUUCACUCAGGUGCGGAUUUUGAAUUUGUUGCCUUUUAUCACUGAUCAGUUGUGUAAAACCACACCCACUUUUUCCUAUUACAAACAACAGUACAAACAUCUGUCGUCGUACCCAAAAGUUGUGCAGUGUGAAUCGGGCACUAAGGCUAGAGAUAUACUUGCUGUUAACUUCACGUUCACAUACGUACGCAGCGAGGUGCAGUACACACAAAAAUGCUAGGGGGCAGUGCAGCAUGAACAUGGCGGAUGGUUUUUAUACAGUAGAAUGUCUACCUGCACUUGUAUUAUGUAUUGUAGCAGCUGGUCAUGACCAAACAGCAAGUAUAAGUAUCUCUAGCCUAACUGCGUCACUGUGGAUUAAACCUCCCCAGUUCUCCUCUUUCUUUCUUUCCUGUAGUUUUAUACUGUUUGAACGUUACUGUUUGCAGGGGCCUGCCAGAAUAAAUGUUUUAAAAGUGGCUGAAGAGGAUGCAAUAUAGCUUUUAUGGAAUAUUUUUGUUUUUCUAUAACACAUAAGGGUCUUUUCUACUCAACACUUUUUGCAGUCAAUGUGAAUUUUUAAAGUGGUAUUAACUUUUACGUAAUGCAAAAUUUACAACUAGAUUUGUGGUUUUACUUUUUAGGCAGAUGUUUGUAAUUAAAGAAACAAAGUGUUAUCUUUUUAAAGCCAUAAGUGAACAGUGGGAUUCAGCAGUUCACUACUUACGAUAUUUCAAAGGAACGAGUGGCAUCGCACAACCAGCAAUAAAUCCAUGAGGGUUUUUAUUAUUGCAGUCCACUAAACAGAGUUUACCCCAGUGGCUUUUUUUUAAAUGAAUAGAGGUUUACAUGGUAUCCUGCUGUAUAGGCUAACACACUAAGUUAUUGCAAUUUUAGGGACUUUUGGGUGACUUGUCACAAUUCUGUAAGCAACUGUAAAUUUUCUGUUUGAGUGCUGCAAUAAAGGUUUGGGGAAAAAAAAUA